GUGAACAUGGCUGCUGGGAAGGGUGCUGUGUGGAGCUCUUCGGCUGAAAACAGAUGGCGGCUUAGUGAAGCUGACCAGGGCAAGGAUUGCAAGCCAGUGCUGCUGGAGAAAACCAACCACCUGGACUCUGAGGCUGCCCCAGGCAGUGGGGGUCAGCAUGAGGCCUGUGCUGAGCUGGUGCCAUUAGCCACCCCAGGCAGACUCAGACUGGGAAGGCCAACGUCGCAGAAGGUAUGCUGGGAACAGGGGCAGAGCGCCUUCACGGAGGUACCUCGGCUCAAAAAGAGGCUGGUGGGUGCGCAAGCCAAGGAGAAGGAGCAUGAUAAUCCCACAGGCCAGCGUGGUCCCCAGCAGCUGACCCAGGAUAUCCCCAGGGAUCCGGCUGGCAGCCUGUGGCCCAGCGGAGCCCGAGGGGAACAGAGAAGUGCCUUCAGCAAACCAGCCAGGUGUCCCACAGGGAGACCGGGACCACCCUCUAUAUUCCAGGCAGGUGGACCGGCAGACGUCCUUGGGGAGCUGUUGGGACUCAUCAACACGGUAGAUGUCCCUUGUUGGGGUCAAGUUUCAAAUUCUAAGUUUUUGGUGGGUGAUUUCUGGCACCUGCAAAUGUUGCCACAAAAUGCUCCUGUCUAUAGUGCUUUAGUGGGUGCCCCCACACUGUGGCGAAAGCAUGCCAUGGGCCAGAUGCCCAUGCCCUCAUCGUCCUCCUCCUCUGCCUCUUGGGCUCUGCUGCCACCCACGUUCACAUCCCUGGGCCUGUCCACCCAGAACUGGUGCGCAAAGUGCAACCUGUCCUUUCGCCUGACCUCUGACCUGGUCUUUCACAUGCGGUCCCACCACAAAAAGGAGCACGCAAGGCCUGACCUACAUUCUAAGAAGCUGAGAGAAGAGGCCCUCACAUGUCCCAUUUGCCAUGAAUACUUCCAGGAGCGCCACCACCUGUCUCGGCACAUGACUUCUCACAGUUAG